UUACCGGUUUUUUAAGCAAGAAGAUACCGCGAAUCUUGCUGAUGCAGCCAUCUCUUGGCGUCGUCGCCUGGGGACGGCGGCGUUGAAAAGUGCGUAAAAGGUGUUUUGGUUCGCUUCGCGUGCAUUCGCGUUUUCUCCCGCCAACAUCUCUCGUCCGACAGAAAGCGAAGAAAACAGAAAAAUACGUAAAGUGGUGCGACGAAAGACAUAUUUUUAGGUGUCGAAUGUGUUGAAAGCAUCGUCAGUGUCCAAUUGGUUUUCAGUAGUGAUGAUACAGAGAGAAAGUGAAUAAUAGAGAGUGGAAAGGACGCCCGGGAUGGUCUCACCCUCGAAGGCCAAACUUUCCAGGAUCGCCAGUCAGCAGUCGCAGCAGCAGCAGCAGCAGCCGGAGCCACAGCCUUCUCCGCAACAGCAGCCACCACAGCGAAAGUCGGUUGCUUCAACGUCCUCCACCACUUCGAAUAAUAACAAGGUGAAGCUGGUGAAGGGCUCCAAACCAUUGAUUCACCAUCGGUUCUACCUGGACAUUGAGCGGCAUCAAGUGGCCACAAAAAUCGAAUCCACUAUCAAGGAGCUUGGUGGGACGGUCGAGUUUUUCCUGAGCAAAACUAUAACACAUUUCAUUACCGAUAAGCAACAACCGGUGGACAGUACCGGAGGUGGCGUAGCUAUUGUUGCAGCACAGACUGGCGAAUGGAACGAGGAACAUCAGCCUCAAGCAACAACAACACCUGGCACUAGUGUCUAUCAUCGUAUCGCAGUAGCUGCAUCCCCGAGCAGUAGCGCUCCUGCUACUAGAUCGUCGUUAACGAACGUUGCGAACCGUAGAUCUCAGCAGCCUGGGCGUCGUAGCAGUGCACGUAAUACCUAUCAUACCUAUCAUCCGACACCCCGGGAAUACAACCGCGGUCAAUAUGUAAAUGAUAUCGGAUCGGCGACCAGUCGUACAUCGUCACCAUGUCCACCACCGGCAUCCACAACACCUACACUACCGCCAGCAACGUCGAGUACCUCGUUGGCGGGCCAUGUGCGUCAGCAGCAGCAGAAGCAACAGCUGGGGGCAACAGCAUUCGCCUCCAGCAGCGCCGGAGGUGGCAACAGCCCUUCCACUGCAGCAACGCCAUUGGCAACGGCGACGCUAGGGUUUGAUGGAAGGGUUAAACCGACCCAACCAACAGCACUUCCACGUAGCCGCGCGGAUGCUAUGCUACAGCGUGUUCGCCAGCAGCAGCAGCAACAGCACCAGCAGCACCAGCAGCACCAACCACACCAUCAGCCAUCUUAUCAUCUAUUACCUUCGUCACCACUGAAAUACAACAUCUCUUCGCCAUCGGCUGUGACCACAAUAAGCCACAGCGCCGCUACACCGAUCAAGCGCAGCGAUACUCCAUCACCUUCGACGUUCAAUAAUCCGUCCUCGCACCACAAGCACCAACCGGCGAGCCCCUGUUACAGUCCUGUACCUGCUCCUGGUACUGCUGGAGGUGAAGGGUGGUGGGAACAUGUGACACGAUCAGUGGCCCCACCAACCCAGAACAGCCCAAUACAGCUAGCGAGUUCCUGGGGUACUCCAGUUUGGAGUCCAGAGCAUGCGCUUAAGUUCCUUCGUAAAGUGCUCGAUUCGGUGCGCAACGAAAACCAUCCCGAGCAUAAGCAUCGUCAUCAUCAUCAGGGUCAUCAACAGCAUCACCAUCAUAGGUCGGUGACAAGUGGCAGUACACGGGCUUCAUCCUCAUCCAGACAUGCCCAUCAUCUGCACGGUCGGUUUCUGAAAGUGGAAUCGAUAUCUAGUGCCACCGCUUAUCGGCCUUUCUACCAGGAGUUCAAACAGUGGCCCGAUUUGCUACUGGUUCGUCGACAAACUCCGGAUCUUGGGGAGAAGAAGGCUCCGUUCGCUGACGUGCACGAACUGCCAAAAGCCGCCGCGCUUAAGGUGACUGAAGCCUCGGCUUCACCAGUAACAUCAGAGGUGACUUCUGGUGCAAGGAUGACGCGUAAGUUGAAUGCGCGAACGUCAGCGAUGGUGACUAGUGCAAGAAGUGCAAGCGUUCAGGAGCAGAAGCCUUCAACGCCAAAUACUGCCAAGAAGCGGGCGGUCACACUGCUGCAGAAAGCUUGCGAAACCGCGGCUAAUGAAGGCAAGAAGGACAAGACUGCGCCCGCACCGCCGAAGGAUUGCGGUUACUGUGAAAUUUGCCGGAUAGAGUACGAUUCGUUGGCGCUCCACGUCGAUUCGGAGAGUCACCGAACAUUCGUGCAGAACGACGAGAAUUUUCAAUCAUUGGAUCAGCUGAUUGGCUCAAUCGGGGAGUUUGGUGGCAACACGAAUGAUGGUGAAGAUGGUGGUCAAAUCGGAUUGUUGGGCGGAUUGCUAGUGGACAACCGGCGGGAUGAUUGUGGUGUUGGUGCUGCUGGUGGUAUUGAAUCGCCAGCUGCUGCUGCUGCUGGUGAUGGUGGUGGCCUCUCGUUGCAUCAUAAGAACAACGAAACUGAUGAGAGGCUACAACAGCUGAUGGAAGCGGGGCCGCAGGCGGGAAAGCGGCGCAACUCCCUAGACACAGCAACGGUGAAGACGACGGUGACGACGACGACGACGGCCGCCGUUGACGAACAACAGAUCGACAAAGCAACUGAGCUACACAGAACGAUCAAAGCAACUUCGAACAGCAGCAGAAAGCUUCGUUUGGCAACGAGCGUAGCAAUAGGAGAACAGCAGGAGCAACAGCGGUUAGACUUGCAGCAUAAUCGUAUUGUGAAGCAGGGGAGUGAAAUCGAAGCAAGCUACGACGAAACAAAAGUGAACAGCAGUUGCAUCGCCAAAGCGCCGAAGAGUGAUGCGAAACAACGUUUGUCGGCAAAGAGACCAGCAGUGAAGGAACAGACCGAAGAAUUCGCGGAGCCAAUAGGUCAUGGCGCAGUUGACUCUAUAGGUGAUAGUGUUCCUCAGGAGGAGAGUACGUUGAAGGAUCAAAGAAAAUCCAGCUUGAUUAAACGCGCCAUCGCGUCGGUUAUUGCUUCAUUUGACGCUGACAGUGAUGAUGAAGAUGAUGAAAGUGAUUCUUUGGUUGCUAGCGACCACAAAAAACCUGCACUGUCGGUCAAUCCACCAGUGGGUUCGGUGAAAAAGACACGAAAAACGUGUGCCGCCGCAAGUGUUCUAGAAAGUGGUUCCAGUAGGGAGAUAUCUGUGGUUAGUGAAGAGGCCGACUGUGGCGGAAAACAAGCGAAAAGUGAGUGCGCAGUGGAACAAUUUAUCGAUUUUGUGGUUGAAGGACGAGACGAUCAGUGUGCUGGGAGGCAGGGAAGAGGUAGAAGUACCAAGCAGGUUGUUACUGGCGUGGCAGUACAUACUACGCGACGUAGCAGUCGAACUUCUUGCGCUGUCAUCGAGGAGCCCGUGCCGUCGCGAACAGAAGAAGUGCAGCGUUCGUUUGACUCGUUAACAACAGAGCAAGCGCAGGAGAGCGGUGGAAUGUUUGGGCGACGAUCAGCAAUUCAUCAUCAUCCACAUAAUCAACUGAAUCAUCAUAAACAUCAGAAGCACAAAUCGACGCUCAGUGCAUUGCUACUUAAGCAGCAGCAAGAACGCCAGCAGCAGUUGUUGGAAGAGGCACAAAAGCGGCGGGACGCCACCCGGGUGGAAUCCAAUUGUGAAGCUCAGCUGAACGUUAGCUCCGAUCAAGCUCCCUGUCACGAUCCCGAUGAUCAUGCUGCCGGGAUGAAAGUUAUUGGUGACUUUCGCCGCGAGCAGCAAUCAGCAGAGCUGCAGAAAUUUUCUUCCGAAGUCACCGGUGUUGGCCUUGACCAGAAACUAAAACCCUCUGUCGGUCGUCGUAAAAGGGGACGAGGGGCAGGAACGGUGGCAAUCGGCCAUCAUCGGCGGCAGCAGCAACAGCAACAGCUGGAGGCACCGGAGUGCCAAAAAAAGGCGCUGUCAGUAGCGAUGGGACUGAAAGCGUCAACGACUGCCAUGAACAAGCAUCAUCAUCAUCAUCACCAUCAUCAUCUGUCGCAUGUUGACGGAGCAAGUGAUGUUGUUGAUGGUUUAGGAGCUAAGACACGCCUCGCCGAAACAGCCCUGCUCGAGUGUGAAGGGUUGGAUCCAAAAAAUACGAAACGGAUCAGUUUAGGUCUGCGCCAAAACCCGAAACGGGCGAACCUGAACGAAGACUUCACCAGCCUUCUGGAUGAGACGCUCGAACGUUCGAGACUGAUAUCGUCCUCGUCAUCUUCCUCUGCCGCGACGACUACUUCGGCAACACCGAGUGCGGUCACGUCGACUGUGGUCGCACGAAAAGCACAAGCACGGAUACGACAGUUACAGCACAAGACAAAGGAUAAAGAAAAAGCGGGUAAAAGGAAGGAACGGACGGACGUCGAUACCAACGAACCUGCCACCCCAUCUCUUGAGCAACAAUCCAUCAGCAGCAGUGCUGGUAUGAAGCGGGGCUCUACGAAAAAGGUUGGUUCGGCCGCCCUGGAGGACAUUAAAGUACGUGGUAUACGAUGGCGAGCACCGAGCCCGGCUUCAAGACCUCCGGUAAAGUCUCCGCUUCUGUAUAAAGUAAUUGAACCCUCCAUGCCACCGGUAGCUGCAGGAAACGAUGAAGAGGCCGCAGAUGCAACAAUUUCUCGGACAGUUGAUCACGGCGAGCACGAUGCUAUGAUGGCGUCAAAGGGCGAACGAAAGGUAAGCGCCCAUUCCAAUCGAUUAAGAAAGACGAAAUCGGAUCAGCAACAGCAGUGUUCACCCACAAAGAAUGGGUUGAUCGUGAAGAUCCGUCGGGUUCGACAGUCGGAGCUUAGUCUACUUAACGAUGAGGCGGAAAAUUUUAUGUUCCCCAAGAAGGACGAGAGCAGCUCGGAUUCGGAUACGGAUGAUGGGCGCCAAACGUCAUCCGAGGGUUGUCGAGCGAUCGGUGCGGAGGCUGGUGGUGCUGGUCCAACAAGAAACAAUUUCUCUCUUGAUAUUCCGAGCAGCAGCGAGCUUGAGCGAACGUCGAAAUGUGUUGAGGAAGAAGAUGAGGAGGAUGAUCAUGACGCUGAGGUGGAACAUGAUGGACGAACAACCGGAGCUGCUGCAAAGGGGUGUAGGAAACGUAGGAAACCGAGCUCAUCCAACAAACUACAGGCGGAUGCAAGAAAUCGUCGCGUUUCCGUUGAAAGUGAACCAUCAUCCUGCGCAUCCUCGUCCUCAGGAUCGUCGUUUGUGAUCGAACCGAUUGUCAAACGUGCUCGUUUCGAUUCGCAGCUGAUGACAAAUGAAGCCAACAGCAGUACCAAGUCUGGUCGGCGGAAAGCGUCCUUUGGAGCUGCUGGUGUGUUCGAUGAUGGUUCUGAUCCUCCAGGAAGCAGGACGCGAUUUCCAGCGGCCCCCAUCCAGCCAACCCCAGUAGCAGUCGAUGAACGAAUGACAUCGACGACGACUGGUGGCAAGCAUAGUUACGACAAAGAUGAUGAUAAUGCUGAUGAUGAAGUAAAGUAUAAUAAUGCCAAGAAACGAGUGCCAUCGUUCGGCCGAGGUCGGGGGAAGAAAGGUCGGCUGAGGCAGGUGAAACAAACGGAAAAGGAGAAUCCUCAAAGUAGUGAUUUACUGGAGAAGGAUGAAAUCCCCGAUAGUGUGGUACCACUGCGCGAGGAUUCUGUGUCGAGUCCAAGUCAAUUGAGCACCUGCACCUGCUACAACGCUGGCAAUGGGUCCAGCAAUGGGGCUGUGCGUAAUCGCGGCCGUGGAUCCGGACGGGGUGGUAGUCGCCGCGGAAGACGUGGUCGAGGAGGGGCCGCUUCUGUGGCUGCUCGUUCAUGGGCAGCUCGUGGACGCGGCGGUCGUAUGCCCCUGUGUGGGUGUCGUUUGCAAUUGCUCGACGCAACCCGCAUGCCACCACCAGCUUCACCAGUUUCACCGGGCCACCAGGACGCGUUAGAGUCUAGGAGUGAUAGCAGCGGACCCCCUUCCGUGUUGGGUAGCAGAAGAUCCGGUGCAUCCAAAACUAAAACUACACCCCCGGCGUCAAAAAGCCGGCGCGGAGCAUUGGCAAGAACAGGGCAGGAUGAAUUGGACCAUCAGCAGCCACACGAAUCAUCAUUAUUGUCAACAGAAGCCAUCAGCGGCAGCUACAGCAUUGCCAGCAAUAGCAGCAGCAACAAGGGCAAGGAGGAUGGGAUGGGGGCGGUAUUCAAGUGGAUCAAUUUUCGGAAGCGCUGCGAAGAGAUCGAGCCGUAUCGGUUCGCUUUCGAGCGAGUACCAUCUCUCGAACCAUGGUACGAAACGUUCCAGCGGCAAGACGAUUCGACGGAGCAAGUUUACGAGUACUUUGGCAGUACCGGUUACCGAAAACUACCGUACGAAAUGGGACCGCUACCGGCGUUGAGUCAAAAUUGUUGUAUACUAAACUAUAAGGUAGUGGCGUGUCGCAAAUCAAACCGGACUGCGUCGCAACAAUCGUUCUCACCUUUCUCGGUGGAACCAUCUUCGCCAUCGAGUAAAUAUCGAACAGCGCCUUCUUCGGAGGGACCGAGUGGUGAUUUGGAUUCUAAAAAGUCCCCUUCAUCGUCCCUUUCAUCGUUACCGCUCAAGAAACGGAAGCUUCUGCUCGCAGAGGGUGCAGGAAAUAGUAAUAGUAUAACUACUAACACUGGUAAUAGUGGCGCUAGUGGUUCAAGUGGAGCUGGAGAUGGGAGUGGUGGAAGCUCAGGAAAUCGAAUAGCGCGACUCAUCGCUGGCAGUGAUCGUCCGAGGAAGUCUCCACGCGAACACGCAUCAACGUUGGCCAUACUGAGCUUGUUGUCGCAGCAACAGCACCGCAAGCGAGCCGCUGCCAUCAAGAUACUGACCAGUCCGAAGAAGACAACGACCACGACCGCGCAAUCACUGCUGGCAAGCCAAGAAAAGCAUCAGCAACAAGAUACCGACAGUAACAGUGGACAUGGAGACGAGCAACAGCGACCGUCAUCGGUCACUGAUAGGAGUGGAAGUGGUGGCGUUAGUGGCACUUCCAUUAAGUUCGAAAGGCCUCUCUUCCCAGACAGCACUUACAUUAACAGUCGCAAUCUGUGCAAGGAGUUGGACGCAUUUUUAUCCGAAGAGCUGGAGCAAGUUUGCGGUGCCUCCUCUGCAAUGCAAGCGCUCGACGAAAAGCAGGAAGAGCGGCCAACCGAAAACAAGGACGCCACACUGGAGCAACCAGCAUCGAACCAGCGGAUAGAGAUGAACCGUGAUCAACCGCCGGCUUUACAGUUACCACUUUCACCGUCAGUACUUCGCGAAGGAGUGGCAAUCGAACGGCAGCAACUGCCAGUGAGCAAGCGGGAUCUACUGGAUGUGCUACAAACAGUCGGUAGGGAACCCCCGCUUAGUCUGAAGCUAGUGCAACGUUGCGAAACCGUGGUUAAAAAAAUUGUUCAGUUCGACCGGAAACCUCGAUCUAUGCUAGCCUCGAACGGUGGCUAUGGUGGUGCCGUCAUCGGUUUGCAGUUGUUUGAUGGCACGAGCUCCUCCGCCUUUGGUUGUAGUGGUUCCGGCUUGGGUGGAGGUGUUGGCCACGGUGUGGCCGCGUGUGCCGGUGGAUCGGUUCUUAAAAAGCGCAUCAAUCGGACCGGUUGGCCAACGAACAAACGCAAAAUCGGAACUCGAACGCGGCAGCAAUCUCGUUUCCUACGACCCAUGAUGCUCUCUGCUUCGUCGGCCGAGUCUAAGCAGACGGCAUCCGAGGAUGUCGGCGAAGAAUCAGUGCCGGUGAUUAAGAAAGAAAAAGACGACGAAGAUGGAGAGGAAGAUGAAGAAGAGGAUCCUUCUGAAGGACAGAGAGAUGACGUAUCACAACAGGUACGGCACGAAGCUGAUGAAGGUGAUAAUGAUAAUAAUGGCGACGAAGAAGAUGAUGAGGAAGAGGAUAGUGGUCCUGAGGAUGACGAAGAGGAGGAUGUAGAAGAGGAGGAGGAAGAAGACGACGGAGAAACCGUUAUCGAGAUGGCCCAAAGGCGGCGAGGUCGACCGCCUACGGUAUCUUGCAAAAAUGCAGGCACCAGAGGCAAAGUCAACGACAGCAGCAACGUUCUAGCAGGUCAUGGAAAAGUUGAGCGUAGAAACCCUCAUCAGACCAAUAAUAGCCCCGAUAGAGUCACAGAAGCGGAGAGACCAAGCAAAGUAAGCCUUGGCAUGGAGACGGCAGAGCAGCAGCAACAACAGUUUCAUCGUCGACGAAGCAGGAAAAGCAGCGGCUCCUCAAACGCCACCACAGUGGCGGUUGUUGGUAACAGCGAAUGUGUUGCCGUUGAACGAAAAGCAGACAGUGCUGCGCAACAACAAGCAACCACCUCCCAAGAUGCCACAGAACAGCGAAGACCACCGAUAAGCUCCUCCUUCUACGACACGAUGCCAACGCUCCGGGCUGCUUUGAUGCGUGACAACAGUCAACAGCUACAGCGGCAGCUUAAUCGUUCGCUUGGUACAACGCAACCAUCUCCAACCAGUACAGUGUCCUCUCUUCCUAUCUCAUCACCGCUUUCAGUAACACUUCCCCCUCCGGCACCAAAGAUCUCUCCGACAGUUGGCCAACAAACGUUGUGGAAUUCUUCCCCUGCGAAACCAGCUGACCCAUCGGCGCAGCAGCUUCUCUCUCCGGGAAGUCGAAUGGCGACAUCAGGAGUCGUAGGAACUGCCUGUUCCAAGUAUGUUACCAAAACGACCACUACGAUGACACGCGUCGAUUAUACCGGUGGUCCAGGGGGAGGUUGCGGUUCAAACACCGAAAGCGGCGGUGCACCGACUUACAACCGUGCAACGAACAGCAUUAAACCGAAGCGAAAGUCUCGUGAUAUCUCGAGGAAUGAGGAAGCAACUGGCUCGCAACGGUUAGCAGCGGAUGACGUUGGUAGUAGUACUAAUACGAUAGUCCGAAUGAAUCGUUAUCCGGCACAGCGAUGGUCGACAACGAACAACACGAUCGAUGACGACGAUAAGGAAUGCGAUUCAAUCAGCUCACGAAGCAUAUUCGUCAGCGAUGACUGUGAUACUACCUCUUCCUCGACUAUGGUUAAUGCUCCGUCAGAAGAUGCGCCGCAUCCAGUGGUGGAUCAAAAAUCGGUUACUACCGCAGCAAGGCAUGAUGAAUCAGCAACGGCGGAAGAUGAAGAGGAUGAGAACGAGAAGGAACACCAAUCACGAUCUGUUGUAGCGGUAGCUGCCGCUUUACAACGUUCUCCGCGCACACCGAGCGAACGGAUACGAAAUAAAUUAGUAGCAAAGAACCGUCGGAUGUCGGCCCUCUUCAAACGACGUUUAUCAACAACGACUACAUCUUCGCCUGCUAGGGUCGUGAAGCUUUCGCCCGCCAAAUUGAAUGUACUCAGCAAUAGCACUCAGGCGACGGUACCACCGAAACGGCGUGGCAUGACAAAACCAAUUCAUUCGGUGACACUACCGCCACCUUCGAUGAUGCCUUUAUCGCCUCCAUUAACCACGUCAACAUCGUCGUCCUCUUCAUCAUGUGCCGACGAUAAACCCAUGUCUCCGGCAGUGGCAGCAGCACCAGUACUAUCGCACACAUCAACAUCAACUGGCAACGCUGGCAUAUGCACACCGCAACCGUCGAAGGUGAAAACCAGAUCCGCGACAAAGGGUCGACCGCCAACACGACGGACGUACAGUGCAACGAACAGUGCGCGAGGGAAAACGAAAAAUGCUUCGAUGGUGAUGAUGGACCAUCUUAACACAACAUCCGGUUGUGCGAUCCGGUUGCCUUUCGUGAGUCUCGUGAAAACGACAUUCACCGGGAUUGAUAAGGAAUCAUCGAUGAUGACGAUAGCUAAUACAUCCGCCAUUUCUACUACUAGUGCUACUACUACAACUGCUUCUGCCGCCACAACGAUCGAUAAAUCGUCUCCGAAGCGUAAGGGUGCCAAAGGAACUAAAGAAACGAAGCAAAAUCGACGUGCCAAACUGGUGAACCGAGGGGCCUCAUCCAAAGGAAAGAGUCGCAGCCCUCGAAAGCAGCAAAGGAAAGUGCCUCCACCAGCCACAGAGCGACUAGUAGCAGAUGCUGAAAUGCUAGAAGAGGAGCCUGACGAAGAGGAAGAGGAGGAAGAUGCUGUCCCGAUAGUGAAAGUGCGUCGAAGAAAACAAAUUAUUGCAAAACGGGAGGAUGACGGACGGCUGGAUGGAGAUUACCUUACCAAGUUGACCGACGAUGGAGACGAGCAUCCUAUCGCACAGGAACACAAACCAACGAAACGGAAACAGCAGCUAAAGUUGAAGGUGUUUAAUCAUGGAAAUCAUCACUAUACCUACGAUAGCAGCUUCUCUGUGACAACAGCAACCACGGAGAGCAGCAAGACAGCGCAAGUGGAACGGAUAUCCAAUGGCAUCCUUGAGCAUAGGAAGGAGGAAUGUCCGGAUGGUCAGCAGCAGAAUGUAGACGAUGGUGAGAAUGGAAAUGAAGGGGCUAAGCACCACGAUAGCAAUGUGAUGUCUAGUGAAGUGGACGAACCUGCGCAACCGGACGCCGAUGAACAACAGCUGGAAGAAGAGCAUUUGAUUGAAGAUGAACAUGAAGAUCACGAGGAAGGGGAUGAAGACGAGGAACAUCUGCUAGAUACUGAAGUCUCCGACGACGAUGGAAUUGGAGAUAAGGGUAGCACGAAGAUUGAAAUGCUCGAGCUAAUGGAGGUGGUAGAGAACCAGGAGGAGGCGGAGGCAGAUCAUCAUCAUGAUGAGGGUGAUGAGGGUUACGACCAUCGCCAGCAGCAGCAGCAAGAUGUGUUGAAUGAGCACGACGGUGAUGACGAGGAAGAUACGUUUUUGACAGGCGAUGAGGUGGAAGUAGAAGAGCAGGAAGAGGAAGAAGAUCUAGCGGAGUUGGAGAGAAGCGCUACUCGUAUUAUGAACAACGAUCAUCCGUACGCCAACAGCUCCGAGGAUCUAUCUUAUCGACAUCAGCAACGGUAUAAUCAUCGUCAUCAUCAUCAUCACGAUCGCGAUCAUCAUAGUGUUACUACGGACGAAGAGGAGCCGGAAUAUGUCGAGGUGCACGAGUUCGAGGCGGAAGUAGAGGAAGAAGAAGAGGAAGAGUUGGAUGCAGUGGACGAGGACGCGACGAGUAGCCACGUGGGAGGAGAGGAAGAUCACUUGCACCAACUGUGCGACGAUGAAGAGGAUGAAGAAGAUGAGUUGGAUGAGACUGAGGCCACACAACGCACUCUCCAUCCUCCUCUUUCAAGCAACAGUCACAUAGUGACAGGCGCCAGAAGUUUGAACUCGUCCACUGCGAAGACAUCAAGCGUAACUGCAGCUGCAACUACUACCACCAGCCCUAACAAGUACAGUCCACGGAAGUUGCGAAAACCUCGUGGCCGAUGGUACCGGGAAAGGUGAACACCAACGUUGGACGCUGCCACCCGCAGUAGUGGUUCAUCAACCAUCAGAGCUGGUAUUUUUGUUAUUUUGCCCGCGUAAGAUAUGAGCAAUAGAGAGCAGAGACAGAGGGAAAGGCAAUCCGAUGAAGGGGGAGUAGUCAGGUGGCGCUGCUUUUAGCAUGGGUGCAUCUAAGAAUUCGCACUCUCGUAUGGUCGUCUUAUCCUUGUUCGAGCGGUUGUUCGUUUCCAGUUUAAAUUUAUUUUAAUUUAAUUAUUAUCAUUUUCAUUCAUUUCGCCUGUCUACAACGUCGCCGUCAUCGAAUCGUCCGUCAGCAGCAGAUACUAAUUAGUUUCUUAGCUAAGAUUACCCUGGUGAGCCGCUACUAGAGUGAAUGUGAGAAUAGACGGAUUGAUGUGCGGACGAAAUGUGUGGUGGGCAAUGCAGAGUUUUGAAGGAGAAGGGAUUAGAGUUUAUAAUUUUAGUUUAUUGUUUCCGUGUUUUACCGGUUCCGGAUUCCCUCCGUUUCAUGUUUGUGUGUCCGUAAUAAUGUGACCGCGUGACGAGCAGUUUCUCUCAUUUCCCAAUUUCUGGGCAGGGGAUGUAAAUUGUAAAGGAGGAUUGUAUCUGGUAGGCCUCGUCCCUCCACCAUAUUGUGUAUAGAUUUUUUUUUAUAUUACUGUGUCUCUCAUAAGCACCAACAGGCUAAUUUAACAAUCCAUCUAAAAUCAUCCGACCAGAGCGUUAGGGUAGGGUUACGGCCCGAGAGUAAGGAUCUUUGUACGAAACUGUCUUUUGUAGGGUAAUCUUAAGAUCACGAAAGAGGACCAUAUGGUGGAAGAAGAGCUUACGGUUUGGUGAUCGAAGGUGAUCGAAGUUUAGGAAAAGUAUGUAAAGGAAAGGGACAGUAAAAAGCGAAUGCCUUUUGCUUCAUAAUUGUUUGUUAAGAAGAAAGGAAGGGAACACGAGGAAGACGUAGAGGAGAGAUCAUAGGAAGGGAAAAAAUGGGAAACUACUUUCACGGAGAGUGGAGAAAGACAAAAAAGAACAUUAAACGACUGUCUGAUCAUGUUUAAAUGAAGGCCUUUUUUGUUUAUUUGUUUUUUUUUCUUGUUGGUAAAAUGUGUCCUCUGGUUCUCGUGUAUACUAGACUAAGCUCCCCUUCCCGCCGGUGCGAUCGGUCUUUGUUCCAUUGCAUUUUAGCCAUUGUUUUCUUUGGGGAGACUUGUUUUAAUAUACGUCUCAUCUCUGAUCACCACACGGUAAUCGUUAGAUAAAUGUUAAACACGCGUCUGGUGCGCGUUAUCUUGCAGGAGGACAUUCCUUUUCCCGUUUUCGAAACUACGAUUCUUAAAUACACACACGCUACGGGGUGCGCGAGCAUUUAUUCCAAAGGACUGUUCUCGAACUGUUUUUCUCGUCCUCUUAGCGUGAGGAAAUGUCUCUAGGUUGUUUGAAUACUAGCAAAUUAUUUUGUUGAUACAAAGAUGGAAUGGAGAGAUACCCUUGGAUUUCACUACGAUCUGGCACGAUUCCUGGUCCCCAGCCAGUAGUGGGUUGUUUGUAAAGAUAAUGAAAGCUACAGCGAGGGACGAUGUGUGGUCGUUUUGCCGUCGUUAUCUGAAAAAAAAACCAUUUACCCACCCUUUUUUUAUGUACGGCUAAUACCACAGAACAAAGGUUGAGAUCCAGAGCGAAUCGGAGAUAAAGAAAAAAAAAGCGAAAACUGUUAAGAGAAAAACAGUGGCACAGAUUUUCCAAAACAAAACUAAAAACAACUAUUUAAAUGAUGAAAAGAAGAGCAAAAUUACGAUUAGACAAAAGCAAAAAAAACUGAACAUAAAAAUACCGAAUUGUGUAAUAAAAAACCGAUACUUCAGAUAAUAAUGAUAAGAAUCAUAUGAACAAAGAGAGAUAAACACGUUCCUGGU